AUGAAAAAUUUUAAACAAGAAGAAACAGCACAGCAAGAUGAAAAAAAUAUGAAUAAAAAAGAUAGUUCGAAUAAUAAAACAAAGGGAAACUUAUUAAUAAUUUUGCAAGAAUUAAGAAAUAUAUAUGAUACUGUUGAAACAAUUUUACAAGGUUCAUUUGAUCCACCAAUAAUCAUAUUUGUUAAUCAGAAAAAAGGCUGUGAUGUUCUUGCUAGAGCAUUAAACAAACUAGGGUAUCGAGCAACUACACUUCAUGGAGGACGUGGUAUUGAUGUAAAGAAUGUUUCAUUAGUUAUUAACUAUGAUAUGGCCAAAAAUAUUGAAGAUUAUACACAUCGUAUGGGGUUCAAUUGUGUUUCAAUUGUUGGUGGUCGUGCUGUUGAAGAACAAGCUUUUAAUUUAAGAAAUGGAGCAGAAAUAAUUAUUGCCACACCUGGUCGUUUGAAAGAUUGUUUGGAUAGACGUAUUUUAGUUCUUAACCAGUGUACUUAUGUUGUAAUGGAUGAAGCAGAUCGUAUGAUAGAUAUGGGGUUUGAAACAGAUGUAAAUGUAAUUUUGGAUGCUUUACCGGUUUCUAAUGUUAAGCCAGAUACUGAAGAAGCUGAAAAUCCAGUUGAAAUGUUAAAAAAAAAUGGUACAAAGGAACGGUGUAGACAAACCGUCAUGGCUUCAGCAACAAUGGCUCCUGCAGUAGAACGUUUAGCUAAAAGAUAUUUGAGAAGACCUGCUGUAGUUACUAUUGGCGUAAUACGUAUUUAUAAUAACACAACAGAACUUUCCCGAAUUUGUGUUAGUAGUGCAAAAGAACUUGGGCUUUCAACAGAAUUCGAUGAAGUAGAAGAGGAUUUGGGAUCGGGAUCAGAGUCGGAUGAAGGUUGUGAAGGUGAUAGAAUACCUAUGUUACCAAGAAUUGCCUCUUUUUCUUCUGUUUCCUCGGAAGAAUUUUCAAUACCGAAACAAUUGUAUGAUUUGAUAGAUCGUUCUAUUCUUUAUUCUAGCAAGCUUGUGAUGGAACGAAGGAAGCUCGAAUUAAAAGAAUGCAAUCCUGAAGAAGUUACUCAAAUGAUUCUUUACAAAAAAAAGUUUCCAAACAAUGGAUCGAACAGAACACCAGCUGCUAUUGUUUUAUAUGAAUGUUUGACUCAAAUCUGUGACACUUAUAAACUUACAAUUGAGAUUAAUUUUCGUGCACAAACAAAAUACAAUUCUGAAGAUAAAUCUCAUGAAAAAAAAUUAUUAGAGCUACAGGGUCGACUCACUGAACAGUGGACAAAGAUUGGUUUCCAAGGAAAAGAUCCUGCAACUGAUUUUAGAGGCAUGGAAUUGGUUGAACUUGCUGAAUAUGUUGAUGUAUCAGUGACUGUUGCAUCUGUGGUUGUUGCAUGUGUUGCUGGAUCGGAUGAAAUAAUUGCAUUGGUUGAAUAUUGUGUGGUUGUAUUAGUUGUAUUGGUUGUAUUAAUUGUAUUGGACGAACCUGUUGAAUAUUCUGUUGCAUUUGUGGUUGUAUUAAUUGCAUUGGGUUAA